AUGCAAAACAUUAUACAAAGUGGUUCAGAUGAAGAAACAGAAUUUAUAUUCGAUUCUAAUACAGUUCAACUUAAUGAUAGUAAGACUAAAAUAUCAAAAGCUAAUGUAAAUUAUUUAAUCUAAUUAUGAUUAUAGAAUGAGAUUAUACAAUUGAAUGAGUAAAAUAAAGAAUUAGCCACUUAACUUAAUAAACAGAAUGAAUUACUUGAUUUAAAACAUAAGUAGAAUUAAUAAUUAUAAAUAGAAGGUAUAAAUGAUGUUUAAAAUUAUUAGUAAUAAAAUUGAAAGAAUUAGUUGAUGAUAGAGAACUUAAACUAUUAUAAUCUAUGAAAGAAAAACAAUAAUUAUAGAAUGAUUUAAUCAAUUUACAUGAUAUUUUGGAUUAAACUACUUAAAGAAAUGAUCAAUUAAAUUCUGAAGUUUUUGCAAUUAGAUUAACUAUGGAAUAAUUAUAAUGUAAAAAUAUUGAAUUAUUAUAGAAACUACAACAAUGUGUAAAGAAGACACAAAUUAAGCAUUACUGAGAGAAUUGAGAUUGAAAGAAAAUCUUGAUUAAUAAACUAAAGUUAUUAAAUAAAAUGAAGAAACAAUUAGAAAACUAUCUAAUGAGCUUAAUUAAAAAUAAGCUUAAUUUAAAAUAGAUAUUCAAAAUAGAGAUAACAUAAUAUAAGAUUUAAAGAGAUAACAUGAUUUAUAAUUGUAAUAGAAUACUGAAAUAAUUUCUGAAUUAAUAGAAUUUAAGAACUAAAAUCUAUAAAAUUCUGUAAUGAGUAAAGAUUAUAAACCAGAACUUACUAAAAUGACUAAGGAUAUUGAGGAAUAUAAAAAUAUAAUUAAAGGUUAAACUCAUUAAAUUAGCAUUUUAAAUGAAAAGAUUUUGGCACUCUAAAAUUAAUUAUCAAAAUCUGAAUAAUCUAUUGCUAAUUAUUUAAUUGAAAUAUAAUAGAUAAAAUAAAAAUUAAAGGAAAAAGAAUAAGAAUUAUAAAUUAAACUUAAUGAAAAUAUUUUGAUAAUUGAUAAAUUAAAUACUUAAAUUUAAUAAUUGACUAAUUAAUUGUAAUUGUUAAAAAAUUAGGAUUAAAAAAUUAAUUUUGUUAGAAGUAUUUCUUAACCUUCUGAUGAAAAAUUUAUUAAAGAUUUAUAAUUAAAAACAGAAUAAAUUACUAUGUUAUAAAAUGAAAAUAAUUAAUUAGUUAAAUUAAUUGAAACAUUAAAAAGUUAGAAAUGUAUUCAUUUAUUUAAUUAAUUUAGCUGAUAAUCAAGGAAAUGAAAUACUUAAAGUUAGAUAAUUAGAAUCAGAAUUAAAAAAUCUCUAAUCAUUCAUUUAUGAUAGUCCUUUAGUAGUAUUAUUUAAUCUUCUUGAAGACAGAUUAUCAAAAUAAUAAUAAAAAAGUUUUGAAAAUAAGAAAAAAAUUUAAGAGUUUUGGAGCAAUCAAUUAAAAUAAUGGGUAGAAGGUUUUGAAGAAUUAAAAAAAGCAUUUGGUGGUUUAAAAAUAUAAUUCAAAUAUGAUCUCAAGUAUCCUGCUCAAUAAUUAAAUGAAUGA